UGUGUGUGUGGCCGAAGUCUUCCUGGUUGGCUGUGUUGUUGUCUCAGCCCUCGCAGUGUCUCUGUGCUCCUGUUAUUCCUUCACUUCCUCCUUGAGGCCGUCGUCAUGUUGUUUAACUAACUAGCAGCUGCUGGUUAGUGUUUCUUAACUACCAUCAACUUGUCCGGGAGUUAGCUAUCUGCUAGCUCUAGCAACCCUGUCAUCAACAGCCAUGUUUGCGUCCUGCUGUAACUGGCUCUGUAUGGACACGGCCGAUGCGGAUCAGCCCACUCGAAGCGACAGACGUCAUCAGUCCUACACCAACUCGGCCUUCACCAGCCAGCCGUCUCCUCCACCUGAACACACCUGUAAGGCCUGCGGGGGGCGGCUCGACACACCUGCCAAAAAACACGUGUGCGUCGACUGUAAGAAGAACUACUGCAGCCGCUGCUCCGCCCAGCAGGCGCCUCGGCCACGCCUCUGUCACACCUGUCAGCGUUUCUACGGCAACCUGCUGGAGCGGGCAGAGCUGAUGAAGCUGAAAGUGAAGGAGCUCCGGGACUACCUGCACCUGCACGAGGUUUCCACCCACAUGUGCAGAGAAAAGGAGGAGCUGGUGGAGCUGGUUCUGGGUCAGCGGCCGUCCCCGUCGAGCAGCUCCGGCCCCGAGACCCCGAGCACCCACCCGCCCUCUGUGACCUCUCGCUCGCCGGCACCUCGCAUCUCCACCUCCACUCCCGAGCCCCCCACACCUACACCAACUCCAACUCCCGACCCCCCCACUGCACACCCCGAGGCCCCAGCCCCACCCACAGAGACAGCCCCUGCUGAGCCUGACAUUCAGGAUGAAGACCAGACCUGGGACCCCGAAGAGGCCCCGGUUCCUGGCCGCAGGGCGUCCCUGGCCGACCUCACCUGCCUGGAUGACAUCGAGGCGCUCAGCGUCCGGCAGCUGAAGGAAAUCCUGGCCAGGAACUUCGUGGACUACAAAGGCUGCUGUGAGAAGUGGGAGCUGAUGGAGAGAGUGAGGCGUCUGUACCAGGACCAGCAGAACCUGCUGGCUGCCAACGCUGUGAACGCUUCAGAGUCGGGUGGUGUUGGCACCGGAGGUCUGGAGGAGAACCUCUGUAAGAUCUGUAUGGACUCUCCCAUCGAUUGCGUGCUGCUGGAGUGCGGUCACAUGGUCACCUGCACAAAGUGUGGAAAGAGAAUGAGUGAGUGCCCCAUGUGCCGCCAGUACGUCAUCCGAGCCGUCCACGUCUUCCGGUCCUGAUCCUGGCUGAGGCUGAACCCAGGACCGACUGCCUCCAAAGCAAUAAACUGUAAUCAGGUCUUUCUGAAGGGAACUUGACAGAAUGGGCUUUUAUUUUGAUAACUUUAUUUUUCUAAUGGAAAUCGAAUGUGCGGUAUGACUGUCUGAAGACGGUGAGACGCGACCUUACCCCACCUUCAGAGCUGCUGUUUAGAUGCACACACUGAAUGUACAAAUUCUCGCUGCGGAGGAUGUCCACCGCGCAUUUGUGAACUAAUUGAUUAAGAAACCACUGUGCCUUCAUCGCCGCCUCGCUCUGACCUGCGGCCGUCAGCCUGCGCACAGCCAGGCAGGAAUCUACCAAAGCAGCAGGUGAUGACAACCAGGAAGUCCUCACAGUGCCUUCAAGUCCACACUUGGUCUGCAUUCUUAUCACAGUCAUGUUUACGCUGCAAUAAGGAAGUGAAGCGAACAGCAGCCGGCCCACAGUGUACAGACGGCUCUCAGCCUUCAGUGUAAUAACAGCAGCAUGGACACGGGCAGCAGCUUCAGUGUGUUCUAUACAGAAAAUUAAUGAUGCAUUCUUCACAUGACACCAUCUGUUCAGCCAGAUUUCUAUUUUACAAAUAGUUUGCAUAAUUACCUUUUUUUUUUUUAAGGAAAUACUCAGGGAACCAUCUUUAAAUAUCUAUUUUUGUCUGAAGGGCAGCUCAAACCUGCAAAGAUGUUCCCGUUAUUGUUACAGAAGGAACAUCUGCAGUCACGUCUCAUAUUCACACUAAAUUUACCCUCAGUCACUGUGUCACUAACAGGAAACCACAGGAACAUGAAAAUCAGUAUACUUCUAAUUACCAUUUACAGUAAAGUCCAAUUGUACACCUUCACAUACGUGACAUCAUAGCAGGAACCAGCAGGGGGCAGCACACACAUUACCUGAACUAAACAAACUCGAAGGAUGGGACCAAGUGCAUAACGUGGAGCCGGCCUGGCGCUUCCCCUGACGUCCGUGCACACACUCACAUUUCUGAAUAUUUUUAGGGCAACAAAGGAGUUCACGAUGAAGGAUUCAGACUUUGGUGGAGAAAUUUCAGGACAGCAUUCAGAUGGGGUGCUCAUCACAAGGAACAAAGUCCGGAAACCGCGAUUCCCAGCUAACGUGUCGGCGUGUAACCACUUGCAGACUCAGUCAGAGGACAGAUUUCUUCCUGAAACAUGAUUCCUGGCCUGGACCUCCAGCUCUUCAUCCUCUCUGCCUGGAAACGACAUAAACUGGAGGUUUGGGUGAAGCUGCAGCUUUAAACGUAUUAGCAGGUGUACUGGAAACAGCAGAGGCCCUGAAACGCUUCCAUGAGGGACUCCUUAUUAAAGACAGAGGAAGACUGUUUGUGUGUUUUUGAGCUUUUAAACUUUUUGGAUUUAAGUUGACUUUGUUUGCACUAAACUGUUGAUUUUAAACUGUUUUUCUUGUAGAAUGAGGUUUGCAGGAGGAUGGUUUGUCCUUUUCCCAAGGUUUUUGUUCUAGUGAAAUCACUGUUUGAUCUUUGUUGUGAACAUUUUGGAUUCAGAUGGUGUGUUACUUGCUGGCCUUUAACCUGUAACUUCUUCCUCUGUGGUGCAGCGGGAUCAUGCGAGCUCAGCUCAGGAGCUCACACUGCACUUUGGUUUCUCCCACGUUAGAAAGAGUCUCGUCUUCAUCGCAGCUCUGAGAGCUUGUAGCUGAAACUUACACAGGACCUUGUGUCUGUGAGCACGGUGAGGCGGAGCCAGUGCAAGCAGCACAGCUGGAGUGUUAACCUCUAAUCCAGCUGGUUUCUCAUUAGUCCACUGGCUUCGAGCUUUUUAAAAGGACACACUGUGAUCUGCAGAUUUUCAGUUUUUACUUUAGCUGCCUCACGUUGACCUGUCUUCACCUCUGUGUUGGGAACCUUUAUUAAGACUCGGAGUGUUUCUGCAGCUACCAGUGAGACACAUUUUUGCAGAGGGACAGGAAGCUUUAGUUUUCUGAGUGAGCUUUGCAUCGUAUUCUAAUAAAACUUGAUUUUCAUUGA